UGGUUACCAAGUCGGCACUGUGGAAGCUAUCGACUGAAGCUAGCUGAAUAACUGUUAAAACUGUAAACUCUUCAGUGUAAUGUAAAUUCAUUAUAACUGUACGUCAGCUGGUUUUCUGUCUGUUAACAUGGGAGUGGCACUCACUAGGGCACUUGAGUGGAACAGAGCUGAUAGCUCUGGUAGGACUGAGCUGAAGAAUACUCCACUAAACAAGACUUUAAUGGAGCACAUUAUUUACUUUGUGGAGCAGAUCAACACUUCUCACCCAGAGGAGGCUGCCUUUCCGUUUGCAGAACCACUGCAGUGGAAAACCAGUCUUCAGAUUUCUGAUUUCAACACAGAUUAUGACAUCGGUGAUUCAGUUGUGCAGUCUCAGGUGACUGAUGAUGAUGGGCAUCCCCUUCUCCAUAUGGUUUCUUCUGACAUUUCUGUGCGCAGCUUUGGACAACUGUCCAAACUUCUGCAGCUUGCUAAUGACAGCAGACUUAAGGAGGUGCAGGCCUGUUUGGAAGCUAACAGGGACGCAGUGGUGAAGAUCCUGGGGUCAAGCUUUGAAAAACUGGAGGAAGAGGACUCAUCCGGACACAAAGUCAGACUGAAGCUCAUUCUGCAGCAGCUUGACACACAGCUACUCAACAGCUCCAUCACACUAUUCCCACAAAAGGUCAAUCUGAGUCCAGCUGAUGUGAAACAGGAUGUUGAACUGCUGCUGAGUUUGUGUGAAGAAAAGAAACUGCUGAAAUUAAUGCAUUAUACAUCAGAUUAUGAGUUCAGUAAUGGCUGCCGCUCAUCUCCAUGGAGGCAGAUGCAUGGAGAAAUUGCCUAUCUCAUUGCAGAGCCGUAUGACACAGAACCACUCUUAAUCACAUGCAGCACUGAUGGGUUCUUCAUCAAUUCGGGCAUUAAGCAAGAAGGAGAGGAGGGUGCUUAUGACAGAAAAAGUGAUGUCUACAAAAACCUGAUGACUCUGCUGAGGAGCAAGUCUCCACUCUUUGCUGAGAACUUCACAAAACAGGGCUCCGCCAUUCAAGAAAAACCUCAGACCACUCUGAUAAUCUCACAUGUGGAAGACGUUGAUCCUGAAAAGCCAGGCCAAACCCCGAGAACUUACAAGCAUCAGGAAAAGAAUGUGCAACAGAAGACGAGGCAACAGCUCAUGCCGAACAAGCCAGACGCUGUUAAGAAAUUAGAACCAUCUCUGAAAUGGAAGAACCUUGGUGUGACAUCCCCUCAAGAAGAGGAUGAAGAGGAAACAAACAGAAGAAAUGAAGAAACUGAGAAGGUCACACAAAGCCGAAUUAAGCUACUCAAGACGGAGAGCAAGAAAAAGACAGAUUUUUCAGGAUCACCCUUACCAGGCUGUUUCUCUUCUCAAAAAAUUAAGAGCCCAUGGGGAGGAACAGGUACUGAAGGCUUCAGUGAGAGCUCAUCUGAAAGUGAGGAGGAUGAAGAGCAACCUGAGAGGCGAGGAGAAAGCCAUACUGGCCUGUCCUCUGAAUACUGGCAAAUUCAGAAACUAGUCAAGUACCUGAAGGGAGGUAAUCAGACCGCUACAAUGAUUGCUCUGUGCUCUAUGAGGGAUUUUAACCUUGCUCAGGAAACAUGUCGGUUGGCCAUCAGGGAUGUGGGUGGGCUGGAGGUGCUGCUCAACCUGCUGGACACAGAUGAGAUCAGAUGUAAAAUUGGCUCACUGGAGAUCCUGAAGGAGAUCAGUCACAGCUCUCAGAUUAGACGAACAAUCGCUGAUUUUGGGGGGCUACAGACCAUGGUGUAUAUCCUGGACUCUCCAGAUAGAGAACUUAAAUGCCUGGCAGCAGAGACUAUUGCCAAUGUGGCCAAGUUUAGGAGAGCCCGCAGGACUGUGCGACAGUACGGUGGGAUCAAAAGAUUGGUGAAGCUGCUGAACGGUGUGCCUAACUCAACAAAGCUGAGUACUAAACAGGAGAAAGAUGUGGAGGUAGCCCGCUGUGGAGCUUUGGCAUUGUGGAGCUGCAGUAAAAGCACUAGGAACAAAGAGGCCAUUCGUAAAGCUGGGGGCAUCCCUCUGCUUGCCCGACUGCUUAAAUCUCCCCAAAAGAACACGCUAAUCCCUGUGGUGGGCACACUGCAGGAGUGCGCCUCUGAGAAGAGCUACAGAAUUGCCAUACAAACAGAGGGCAUGAUUGAGGAUUUGGUGAAGAACCUUAGCUGUGACAACCAGGAGCUUCAAAUGCACUGUGCAAGUGCCAUCUUUAAGUGUGCGGAGGACAAGCAGACACGUGACCUGGUGCGCCAAUAUGAUGGCCUGAAAUCACUGGUUGCUCUGCUGGACCAAGCUGACAACAAGCCACUGCUAGCGGCCACUACCGGUGCCAUCUGGAAAUGCUCGAUCAGCAUGGAGAAUGUAGCCAAAUUUGAAGAGUACAAGACUUUGGAAAAGCUGGUGGUACUGCUGUCGGAUCAACCUGAGGAGGUGUUGGUUAAUGUAGUGGGAGCUCUUGGGGAGUGUGCCCAAAGACCUGCUAAUCGUACCACUAUCAGAAGGUGUGGUGGCAUUCCACCUCUGGUCAGCCUUCUGACUGGCACCAACCAGGCCCUGUUAGUCAAUGUUACCAGAGCUGUUGGAGCCUGCGCUACAGAGGCAGAGAGUAUGGCGAUCAUUGAUCGCAUGGAUGGGGUACGUCUGCUCUGGUCAUUGCUGAAGAACCCAAAUCCUGAUGUCCAGGCCAGUGCUGCAUGGGCUAUCUCUCCAUGCAUAGAGAAUGCAAAGGAUACCGGGGAAAUGGUGCGCUCAUUCGUUGGUGGCUUGGAGCUAAUUGUUAAUUUGCUUAAAUCCCCAAAUGAGGAGGUGCUGGCCAGUGUGUGUGCAGCUAUCGCCAACAUUGCCAAAGAUGAGGAAAACCUGGCUGUCAUCACUGAACAUGGAGUGGUGCCUAUGCUUGCCAACCUCACCAGUACAGAGAAUGACAAGUUGCGUCGAUAUUUGGCUGAGGCGGUUGCCCGUUGCUGUUUGUGGGGAAGUAACCGGGUAGCUUUUGGAGAGGCUGGUGCUGUAGCUCCUCUGGUACAUUACCUGCGCUCUAAAGACCCCGCUGUGCACCAGGCAACAGCACAGGCCCUCUUCCAGCUCUCCUUGGACCCCAACAAUUGCAUCACAAUGCACAAGAGUGGUGUGGUCAAGCUCCUGCUGGACAUGAUGGGAUCCAAAGACGAGUUUCUGCAGGAGUCGGCAGCUGGCUGUGUGGCUAAUAUUCGCCGCCUGGCUCUUGCCAACGAAAAGGCAAAAUAUGGAUAAUAUGCGGGUAAUAAACACAAAUAACGAUGUUUUCCACCUAUCUGUUACUCUACAGCUGCAUAAAUGACUGAUAUAAAAAUAUAAACGUGAAUGCAACCGAAAUGUGAAUGAUUUCUUUACAGUCCUGUACAGAUGUUAUCUGUCUGUCUAUUAACUCUUUCAAUAACAAUAAACUUUUACUUUGUGUGAUCUUA